UCCAGCUAUGCAGCGCCUUCCGAGCCCGUGAGAUGGAAAUCGACCAGUGCCUGCUGGAGUCGCUUCCUCUGGGCCAGCGGCAGCGGCUGGUGAGGCGCAUGCGCUGCGAGCAGCUCAAGGCCUACUACGACCGCGAGAAGGCGCUGCAGAGGCAGGAGGGUUUCCUGAAGAAGCUCCGGCAUGGCAGGAGCCCGAGGGUCCGGUUCGGCCUGGCGGACGUGCUGCAGGACGCCAUCGUCCACCACGAUGACAAGGAAGUGCUCCGGCUGCUGCAGGAGGGCGCAGACCCGCACUCUCUGUUGUCUUCCGGGGGGUCCCUACUCCAUCUGUGUGCUCGGUAUGACAACGCCUUCAUUGCAGAGAUCUUGAUUGACAGAGGAGUCAACAUCAACCACCAGGACGAAGACUUCUGGACCCCAAUGCACGUCGCCUGUGCGUGUGACAACCCUGACGUCGUGCUGCUCCUGGUCCUGGUGAGCAGCCUUCGUGCCGUUCAGGAUGCUACGGGCAACAGUCCUCCCGAGUAUGCUGUCGAGCACACUUCCGAGGACAGCAAUGUCCUCCCUUUCCUACUGAACCUUUCUUUCCCCCCAGGAGUGGACCUGGCCUCCCUGCGCCAGCUGAAGCUUCAGAGGCCCAUGAGCAUGCUGGCCGAUGUCAAAUGCUUCCUGUCAUCGGGAGGAAACGUUAACGAGAGGAACGAGGAAGGGGUCACUCUGCUGCACAUGGCGUGUGCCAGCGGCUACAAGGAGGUGGCAGCGCUUCUCCUGGAGCACGGCGGAGACCCCAGGCUCCCAGACAACCAGUGCUGGACGCCUCUGCACGUGGCAGCCAAGUACGGCCAGACGAACUUGGUGAAACUCCUCUUGACACAUGGAGCAAACCCAAAGCUUGUGAACUGUAAUGAAGAGAAGCCAUCAGAGGUCGCUGCCUCUGAGUUUAUUGAGGAAAUGCUGCUGAAAGCAGAAGCUGCGUGGGAAGAAAACCUGAAAGGGCCUUUGUCUUCUUCUCCCUCCUUGGCCCAAGAGGAGCCCUACGAAGAGCUCCUGCACGAACUUCCAGCGCCGCCCAGCAAGCUCAGUCCCCUGGCGCUGCCAAUAGCCAAGCAAGACAGUUUGUUGGAAAAAGACAUCAUGUUCAAAGACGCAGCAAAAGGGCUCUGUAAGCAGCAGUCCCCGGACGCUACCCCUGAGCACACCGCGAUGAACAGCUGCAGCAAACCCGAGCAGGUCAAGCUCAUGCCACCGGCUCCCAAUGAUGACCUGGCCACACUCAGCGAGCUCAAUGACGGCAGCCUGCUGUACGAAAUUCAGAAGCGCUUUGGGAAUGACCAGAUCUAUACUUUCAUUGGGGACAUCCUUCUGCUGGUCAACCCUUUCAAGGAACUCCCAAUUUAUUCUACCAUGGUGUCGCAGCUGUACCUGAGCCACACUGGGAUGCCAAGCCCAUCGCUGCCCCCCCACCUCUUCUCUUGUGCUGAGCGAGCUGUGCACCAGCUGUUCCGGGACCGCAGGCCACAGUGCUUGGCCCUCAGUGGAGAGAGAGGGUCUGGGAAGUCAGAGGCCAGCAAGCAGAUCGUGAGACACCUGACUUGCCGCUCCGUCGCCUGCUCUGCUGUCCUGGAGUCCAGGUUUAGACACGUCAUGUGCAUCUUAGAAGCCUUUGGACAUGCCAGGACACCACUCAAUGAUCGGUCCAGUUGCUUCAUAAAGUACUUGGAAGUGCAGUUUAGUGAGAGGAAGAGGCAAGUGACCGGAGCCAGGAUCUACACGUACAUGCUGGAGAAAUCCAGGCUCGUGUCACAGCCUCUUGGCCAGAGCAACUUUCUAAUCUUCUACUUGCUGCUGGAUGGGUUAUCGGCUGAAGAGAAGCGUGGCCUUGGCCUUAGCAAUGCACGUGCGCACCGGUACUUGAACCAGAUCACGAGAGGAGACACAGCCACUGCAGAGCACGUGCUGAACAGGGACAGAUUUGUGGCUCUGAGACAAGCUCUGGCUGUAAUUGGCUUCAGCAGCCUGGAGGUGGAGAACCUGAUGGUGAUUCUAACCGCGAUCCUGCACCUCGGGGACAUCCAGUUCACUGCGCUCACUGACGCUGACGUCGCCUUCGUGUCCGACCUCCAGCUCCUGGAGCAAGUGGCUGGGAUGUUGCAGGUGUCAGCAGACGAACUGGCUUCUGCCCUAACAACCGAUAUUCAGUAUGUUAAAGGAGACUGGAUAACACGGCACCACACUGCGCGUAUUGCUGAGGUUCACCGCGACCUGUUGGCCAAGUCCCUGUAUAGCCGCCUCUUUGGCUUUCUGGUGAAUGCUGCGAACUGUUGCCUGCACAGCCGAGAAGAGAACACCAGCGCCCAAGCCCUGGACAUCGGGAUCCUGGACAUCUUUGGCUUUGAAGAAUUUCAGAAGAAUGAGUUUGAACAGCUCUGUGUCAACAUGACCAACGAGCGGGUGCACCACUAUAUCAAUGACGUGCUUUUCCUGCAAGAACAAACAGAAUGUGUACAGGAGGGGGUUGCCAUGGAAACGGCAUAUUCUCCUGGUAACCAGGCUGGAGUUUUGGAUUUCUUUUUCCAGAGGCCAGGUGGAUUUCUCUCUUUGCUGGAUGAAGCAAGCCAAGGGAUCUGGUCAGCAGAGUCAACCCUUCCAAAGAAGCUCCAAAGCCUGCUGGAAUCUUCAAACACAAACGCGGUGUACCCCCCCACGAAGGACGGGAAUGGGAACAUGGCGCUCCGGGCUGCGGGCUUGGCAUUCACAGUCAUGCACUAUGCAGGACGGGUAAUGUAUGAAAUUACUGGAGCAAUUGAAAAAAAUAAAGACUCUCUUUCACAGAAUCUUCUAUUUGUAAUGAAAACCAGUGACAAUGUCAUGAUCAGCCAUUUUUUCCAGUCAAAGCUGUCGCAGACAGGAUCCCUGAUAUCAUCCUACCCUCCUUACAAAUUCCGAGGACACAAGGUGGCCUUGCUGAACAAGAAAGUGGUGGCUUCGCCAGUGACCUGGGAGAACAGGAGCUAUCCCGAGCUCAGCAAGUUAUUAAAAAAGAAAGGAACUUCCAGCCUUCUACAAAGACUGGAACGAGGAGAUCCAGGGACCAUGGCAUCUCAACUCAGGAAGUCCCUGGCCGACCUCAUGGGGAGGCUGCAGCGCUGCUCGCCGCACUUCGUGCACUGCAUCAAGCCCAACACUGCACAGCUGCCAGAUGCCUUCGACCACUUCUAUGUGUCUGCGCAGCUGCAAUACCUCGGGGUGCUGGGGCUGGUGAAGGCCUUCCGCCAUGGGUUCCCGGUCCGCCUGUCCUUCUCCGACUUCCUGUCCAGAUACAGGCCCUUGGCUGAGACCCUCCCAGGCAAGAGGAAGCAGCCGCUGUCUGCGGAGGAGAGAUGCCGGCUUGUUCUCCAGCAGUGCAAGCUGCAAGGCUGGCAGAUUGGUGUCCGCAAGGUGUUUCUGAAGCACCGGCAGGCAGAGCAGCUCGGUGACCUGUGCCAGCGGCUGCAGAGGAAGAUCGUGACCUGCCAAAAAGUUGUAAGAGGGUUUCUAGCCCGCCAACAUCUGCUCCAGAAGAGGAGUGCCAAGCAGCAGGAGGUGCUGCGAGUCAGGAGCUUCCUGCAGGACACCGAGGACCUGGCGCUGCAGACCUACGACGCCCUGGUCAUCCAGAACGCAGCCGACAUCGCACGGGAGAACGACCGGCUCCGCACGGAAGUGGGCGCUGCCCAUCCCAGGGACAAGGCGGGGGCCAGGGCCAGGCCCCAGGAUGGAGACUCAAGGGCUGAAGACCAGGGUGGUCUGUGGCGUGCACACCCCAGCUCUGUGCCUGUCUCUGUGGCUGUGGACAGCUUGGCACCGGCCCUCGCUGGACCAUCCCUCCGGCCUCCAUCACUGCAUCCCACAUUCAGCAUGGAUGACAGCAGUGGCCUCCCGUCACCACGGAAACAGCCUCCACCCAAGCCCAAGAGGGACCCAAACACACGGCUGAGCGCCUCCUAUGAGGCUGUGAGUGCCUGCCUGUCUGCAGCAGCCAAGGACCCGUCGGGAGACGCUCUGAUGAGGCCCAGGCCCCACAGCGAUGACUAUAGCACCAUGAAGAAGAUCCCCCCGCGAAAGCCGAAGAGGAGCCCUAACACCAAGCUCAGCGGUUCCUAUGAGGAGAUCUGGGGCCCAAGGCCCCCGGGAGUGGCUGGCCAGGCGGGUGCGCGUCAGGCCCAGGGGACCCUGCACGCACUUCGGACCUCACCUCAGUGUACACUGCAGCUGCCCCUGCACCUGCCUUUUGCCCCUGAGGAGGACGACAGUGCUGAGCCUGUGUACAUCGAGAUGGUGGGGAAUGCGACCAGGCCAGGGGGGCCUGAAGCUUACAGCCCAGAGCAGGGAGAGUCAGUCUACGAAGAGAUGAAGUACUUCCUGCCGGAGGAGGGUGCCGGUUCCUGGCUCCCGGCCCAGCGGGAUGCGAGCGACAUCCCUGCACCCUUCCCCAACCUGCUGCCUCACAGGCCGCCCCUGCUGGUCUUCCCGCCCGCGCCCACCACCGGCUCACCAGCCUCUGAUGAGUCCCCGCUGACGCCGCUGGAGGUGGCGCGGCUGCCAAUGCUGGAGCCCGGCCUGAAGUACCCGUUGUCCGCAGAACCCUCCAGCCCUGGCCCGGGCUCCGUGCCCGCCACACCACCCGCGCCGGAGCCUGCCCGGCCGCCGCCCAAGGCCUGCAGGGGUACGCCCAGCCCCGGGCCCGCGGGCGCCCCAAGCCCCCCGAGCAGCCGGCCGCCCUGCAGCCCCCUGGACGAGCUCAGCACCCUCCUCAGCUCAGGCCGCAGCGUGCUGCGCAGGUCGGCAGCAGGGCGAAGGAUCCGUGAGGCUGGAGGUUUUGAAACUAACCUGAACCUGACCACCCCGGAUGACCCCAGCACGUCAGAAAUCGCCUCAGAGACUCAGGACAGGAACGCAAACAGCCACAGAAUUCAGUUCUCUAAUCCACUGCCCAGUGCUGUGGCAGCUGAAAAUGGAAAUCCUGUCUCCAAUGGUCUCGCUGAGAAUGAUGGGUACUCACAAGUAUGCGUGAGCGGCACAGGGAUGUCAUCGUUCCAGAGACAUCGGGAGAGUCGCACCACUCAGGUCAUCCACCAGCUGCGGCUCUCAGAGAAUGAGAGCGUGGCCCUACAGGAGCUGCUGGACUGGCGGCGGAAGCUCUGUGAGGAGAGGGACUGGCAGCAAGUCCUGCAGCACCAGGAGCCCCGCGCGCCCCCUCCACCCCCCUGCAAGAAGCCCACCCUGCUGAAGAAGCCAGAAGGGGCCCCCUGCAGCCGCUUGCCCUCCAAGCUCUGGGACAGCGGCAUCUAGCAGGCCUUGGCUGACACACAGGACACAAGGCUGCCUUGAGGAACAUUCUGGGCCCUCUCCCAUUGCAUUGAAAAGCACAGGCAUGGACGGUCCAGUAGGGCACAUUUCCUCUGUGUGUGUGUGUGUGUGUGUGUGUGUGUGUGUUCUUCCCUGUUCUGUAAUUUUCAGGUUUCACGUUCAUUGGGCUGCGCUGCCCUUGGUUGUGGACAGGAAAGCCAGGGCAUGAGAGAUGGAGAGUGAUAGUGGCAGGAAGCAGUGACAAAGGACCCACAGGGAUCUGGGUGCAGGCACUCCCCAGAGCCUGAAGAUGAUGCAGUGUGGUCUGUGCCGUGGUUCGUGACAACCCUGCGCACAAGACCUGUCUACUUCCUUUCUACGUGGGUGUCUGUACUCUGUUCAGAUCCCAAGCCCGAUAAUCACUCACACGUGGAUGACUGUGUGUCAUAACUUGGUGCAAUUGGUGGUGCUCCCUUUCUUCAAAAUGCAAAUUUUAAAAUGGCAUUUCUAGGUUUUUUUCCUCCACAUUUUUUUUUUAACCAAAAUAUCCACCCCUCUGGGGACCAUGUUGUUGCUUAGCUCUUCAGUGUUACCAUGGGCUGACCCCAUGGUGUUUUAGAUGUCACUGUCUACAGGAGACAACUCUGUCCCUCAGCAGCUCUGCUUUUGACUAAGCAGUAUGUGUGCCCCUCAGCGGAAUCCCCACCCUGCCUGGGUUUGCUGUAGGCUCCAGGAAGUUCACAGCUCUCAGCUCCCCGUGUGUGGCUUCAAGUCCACGUGCCACGGUGCCAAAGGGCAUCCCGAGGCCACACAGCGAGGUCGAGGACUCAGCCGCUGGCUGGAGCGGUGGUGCUGCGUCUCUGGCUUCCUCUCCCCCAGCGGCACUGCAUGAUCCUCAUACUGCACCCCUUCCCUCUGUCACCCACCCAGUGGCUCUGCUUGCGCUUCUCUGUGCAGGUCUGUCCCUGGGGGCUCUGCAGCAGUGGCUCCAGACCACCUGUCUUGCUAUUGGAACUUUUUGUUCAUACCAGCCUUUGGAACACAACUCUGCCAA